AUGGCGUCGUCAACUGUACUGCCAGUGUACGAGCACAUCAUUUGCUCAACUCCGAGUCCUGGGGCGGAUCGUGGACCAGACGUGCCAGAUGGUAGUAAAGAUCCUCGCUCACCACCGAUCGCAGUUGUCCUUAACCGACCGCAAGCGCUGAAUGCUCUCUGCGAUGCGCUGGUUACUGAACUCAACGACGCGCUGUCUCGCUUCGAUAAAAGCAAGAGUAUUGGUGCGAUGAUCUUAACCGGUAGUGAGAAGGCUUUCGCUGGUAUGCUUGACACUCCCUCCAACCCCAAAAUGGGCAUCAAAGUCGUCCAGUACGCCGGCGCGGACGUAAAGGAGAUAGCGGAGUUGACGUUCUCGGGCGCAUAUUCGCAAAAUAUCGUUGCCUUGUGGUCGCACCUCGCGAACAACAUCCGGAAGCCUGUCAUUGCGGCAGUCAAAGGCUACGCGUUGGGUGGAGGCUUCGAGCUCGCGCUCAUGGCGGACAUCCUCUAUUGUACCUCCGAUGCAACAUUUGGUCUGCCGGAGAUCAAGUUGGGGAUUAUUCCCGGUUCUGGAGGCACGCAGCGUCUGACGAGAAUCGUUGGAAAGAGCAAGGCGAUGGAGUUGAUCCUAACAGGCGACAAUUUCACCGGCAAGGAGGCAGGGGAGUGGGGAGUCGCGGCCAAAGUGGUCGACGGUGGGAGAGAAGAAUUGCUCGUUGCUGCGAUCAAGACGGCGGAGAAAAUCGCCAGCUACGGCCAGGUUGCGGUGCUGGCAGCCAAGGAGGUGGUCGGUAAGAGCCAGGAAUUGCCGCUCAGAGAGGGCACGGAGUACGAACGACGACUCUUCCACGGGCUUUUUGGAACAGCGGACCAAAAGAUCGGAAUGGCCGCCUUCGCGGCCAAGAAAAAGCCAGUCUGGUCCCACUUAUAG